CUGCUACUAGCGUAAACGCUCACAGCACCAGCGACAAUAGAUGUGAUGUUUGUCCGCGUAUUUUAACCAAAAUUAAACACUUUAUUUCAAUUAUAUGAACACGAAGAGGACGUGAAAGACGAACGUGUGUUUGUUUGACCACAUCUGUGACAAACCGACGCGUGGAAAAUGUAGUUUUUGUGGUCGGAAGUUGUCGAGGGUGUAAUGACGAUUUGAGUCGACCGGACUGAACCAUGUUCUGAGAUCAUUAUGGCACAACAGCAGCUCCUGAGGGAGUUCUCCAUCCCUGCUCUGGCUGAUAAACAGUGAUCACUGUCCAGAUGCCGUCUUUUGACGUGAUCGACAAGGUGGAGCUGUUUCUGCGCGCCAAGAAAUAUCCUGUGGGCGCGUCGAAAAGUUCCAAGGCGAGGAUCCGAGCUGCCAGCAAACACUUCUUCUACAAAGACGACUGUCUGUGGCGACAGUACCGAGGGCGCCUCCUCAAGGUCGUCAGGAGCGACGAGGAAAUGCGUGAGAUUCUGAGCCGUUAUCACAACGACAACAACCACGCCGGCCAAGUCCGGAUGAAGAAGGAGAUCAUGUUGAUGUAUUACUGGGUUGGUGUGACGGAGGCGACCAAAACCUGGAUCAAGGACUGCGCCGUGUGUCGCAGCCAAAGUGUCGCAGAGUCGUCCAAACAGCCCGUCCAGUUCUGCCUCGCCUACGGCUGCGACGCCUCCAGCUACAUCUGCCCAGAGCUCGGCUUCUACAGGUUCCCGAAGGAGGCCGAGCAGCGGCAGAAGUGGCUGACGGUGGCUCAGAGGGACGAGGGCUCGCUCCGGUUCAACUCCUGCCUCUGCUCCCAGCACUUUGAGGCAUCGUGCUUCACGCUGAGCGAGGAGGGUCAGCUGACUCUGUCACCGGACGCCAUACCGACCAUCACGAGUGUGGCAGAGGAAGACAAGGAGGCUCGAGUCCCGUCAGAUGAGGAUUUCCUUCACUCGGACAACUUGGAAGACCCGCUCUCUUUAACCGCUGCUGUUGCCGCCGCCGCUGCUGCUGCUGUUGCUGCUGCUCACACCACAGACGCCUCCGAGACAACUUUCACCCACAGCGACGUACCCGUGCAGCUGCAGGAGCACCAGUACUCCCUCCCGGCUCCUCACGCUCACCACAGAAACACCCAGACGCUGAUGGAGGACGGGAGGAGGGAGCUGGUCGUCGAGCAAAGCUUCUCCACGUACAACCACAUCGCCAGGUAUCUGAGCCACAGAGUUUUACCGAUGCUCAGCAAGAAAAGCAGAGUUGCUCUGAAGAAGAUGGCCAAGCGCUUCGACCUCGUAGACGGAGUGCUGGUGUACACUCGAGUCUCUCCUCCUGCCAGAGUGCCGCGCAGCAGAGAGGAGGUGAACGCGGUCCUGCAGCAGUUCCACGACAACCAGGGUCACUACGGCCACGGCAUCUGCCUGCGAGACAUCGCCAAGCACUUCUACUGGAGCAGCAUGAGCCGGGACCUGAACGCCUGGAUCUUCAGCUGCCACACGUGCGUCACCAGGACCAAGAGGAAGUGGCUGCGCUGCAGCAUCCACACCUGCAACAACUGCUGCGGCCCCGUGGAGCGAGGCCUGGGCCUCACCUUCCACAGGUUUCCUCUGCACCGCGCCGCCCUCCUGGCUCAGUGGUUGAAGGCGGUGGGCCGCGCUCACUGGUCGCCUCGUCUGUCCUCGUCCAUCUGUUCCAAACACUUCACCGACGACUGCUUCGACCACAGCGGAGACAAAGUGGCGCUGUGUCCGGACGCCGUCCCCACGCUGUUGGUCCACAGCAGCUCGGCAGUAACAGGACCAGGAGCCUAUUUUGCCAAGUACGAUGCCGUGGAGCUCUACCUGCGCACACGCACGUAUCCUCCUGGACUGAGCUUCGUGGAGAAAAACACCUUCAGGAGGUUCUGCAAGAAGUUUGUCAUCAAAGACGAUCAGCUGCACAUGGUGAAGGGCGAGCGCGUGUGCGUGGUUCUGAGGAGCCGGCAGCAGGUGGAAGACGCUCUGAGCGACUACCACAACGACCUGAACCACCUCGACGCCAACAAGUGUCUGCGGCUGCUCAACGAGAGGUUCUUCUGGAAAACCAUGAGGCCUGACGUGAUGCAGUGGAUCAGCAGCUGCUCCGAGUGCAACAGCAAGAAGACGACGAUGACGACGAUGACGACAGCGAUGAGACCGGGGAACUGCAGGGCGCCACACGCUGGAGACCCAGAGACACUGCUGAGGUCGUCAGAGACGCACGAGGACAGUGGGAGGGACGAUGAUUAUGAUGAUGGCGACGAUGAUGAUGAAGGUGGAGCGAGUGUGGAAGAUGAAGAGAAGCAGCCGCCACCGGAUUCAGAGGUCAUGGAUUCAACGGAAUUGAUGGAUGAGUCGACCCAGCCUACAACUCCCAUCAACCGUCAGCCCAGAGUUCCCGUCAGCCUCCAGGGUCAGAGCAGCACCCGCGAUCAGCCUGAGCCACAGAUACAGCCAGAGGACCAGGAAGUGACGGUGGAGUCUCAGGGCCGUGCCAGAACCAAGCUGGUUCCUUCACCCGGUUUCCCUGCAAAAUCCCAACAACAACCUGCGAGUCCCAGCAGUGGACAAAAGAAACAGAACCAGAACCACGGCGGCGACCAGAGGAGCAGAGAGCUGGAGGCAGGCUCCUUCACCUCCUCCAGCUGUGGCCUGGAGCCUGUGGUGGCUCCCAGCAAUAAACCCUGGCCCGUCUUCACCAUCGCCAGCUCAGUGUCGCCACAGCAGGCCACACCCCCUCCAGACACAAGCAGCAGAUCAGCUGACCCUCAGAGAAGCACCAGUCCUCGGGCUCGGACCGUCGUCCAGCUGUGCAAUCACGCCAAGGUCAAGGUCAAACCAGCCGUGGACGGGGCCGACGCCCAGUGGGCCGAGAUCCAGGAGGGAAUGGUCGUGUACGUUUGCUUCUUCCACGGAGCCACUGAAGACGUCGUGCAGGAAAUGGCUUUCACACUGAUGUCCACUAAGCUUUUCCGCAAACACCUGCGGCACAUGGUGUCAGUUCUCGACCUUCCUGGGAGCGUUUUAUUCGUCCCUCAGGAUUCCCUGCUCGGGGAGCCGGCGCCCAACAGGAGGAUGCAGUACAGAGGUGGGUGUGAGAGGUGGUGGGGCGCUCAGCUCUUCUCCACCCUGGUGCUCACCUGCAGAGAGCUCAUGCAGAACUCGGCGAAGAGCACGAAGGCCGGCGCGACGGUGGAGCGCGGAGUCUACGGACAGAAACAAGAGAUCGCCCUGAACUCUGCGGAGCCGCUGACUCACCUGCUGGAGUUCUAAAGGUACGAGUCAACGUUCCACACCUGCUUUCACUGCUCAGGAGAUCUGCUGCAGAUACAUCACCACACUUUUACAUCCGUGGAUUAAAAGUAAAAACGUUUGGUUUAUGGACAAAACAAGACAUUUGAGAACAUCAUCAUUUCAUGAUCCAUAGUGAUUUUGCAAAAAUCUCAAUAUUAAAAGUAUUUUUUGUUAAGUG